AUGGUAGCGCCAAUGAUGUUUCAAUCAAUGAUAACACCAAAAUCACUCUAUCCAUCAAUCGACCAACAAUUUCAAGCACCAAACCAAGAAGACAAUGAUACCAUAAAUCCAUUUGGUUUAAAAAGCCACAUUACAUCUGAUGGUAAUUAUUGUUGGUAUACCAAAGAUAAUGAAAUAUUCUUUUAUGAACUAAAUACUGGUAAAAGAAUUACAACAUGGUGUUUCGUUAAAGAAUCAAAAGAAUUAUAUGUUUCAGCAGUUGGCGAAUUAUUUAUAGAAGACUCAAUGUUUUUAGUUGCAACUAUUAAAUAUGAUAAUAAUAAAACAUUUUUAAAGGUUUUAGAUAUUCAAUCAGGUGAUGUAAUUAGAACAAUCGAUAUUGGUUCAUCAAAUGUUAAUUUUAUUAAACAAAUUCAUAGAGAAUCAUUGUAUCCUGAUGCACCAAGAGACUCAAUGAGAAAUUUCAAAUCACCAUUAGCUUUAGGUUUUCAAAAUAGUUGUCAAAUUAUCAUUUUAGAUUUAUAUUUUAAUCCAAAAGAUAAAAGCAUUGAAUCAUCAAGUAAAAUUCAACAAUUAAUUUUACAAGAUAUAUCAAAUUAUGAUUGUAUUCAAUUCUUCAAAAGUUCAAGUAUAAACAAUCUUAAUAAAUUAAUCCCAUAUUUUGUAUUGGGUUGUGAUCAAUUUGAGCCAAAUGUAAACUUUGAAUAUCCAGUUUCAAAGAAUGGUGAUUCACAAGGAAUUUUAAUUGGAACUACAGGAUCAACACAACAAACAUUAAAGAAUAAUAAUGACCAACCACACCAACCACAACAAAACUGUCAAAUUAGUUCAAUUUUCUAUAUUGAAUCAAUUCAUGCCAUCGCCGUAGGUUACAGUAUUGGCACAUUCCAAUUAUUUUCAUCGAUAAAUUUCAAAUUAUUUUAUUGCUCACCACUCAGAGAGAGUUCAUUUGCACCACACCGUCAAUCACCAGUUACCCAUAUUCUCUACCAAGAAUUAGACGAGGGUGAAGAAUCACCAAUUGGAAAUUUAUGGAUUGGCAGAGGCUCAAUGAACCAAUACUCUACAACUCACCCAAUUUCAAUAAUUCUUUAUAAACUAAUAUUUGAUCAAAUGGCACCUGAUCCAUCAAAAUCCCUAAGCACUUUAAUUUCACUCGAACAAAAUAUAGAAUCCCCAUUAGAUUUAGCUCAUGCAAAUAACGAUAAUCCCUAUCCUGGUGAAAUUUUAUCACUUUCAUAUCUCUAUCAAAAUAAAGAUAUUGAUGUUGACACAGGUAAAUUCCCAAAAUCCAAAUCAAUUAUUACCUAUCAAUAUAUUAAUAAUGAUGGUUUACCAAAAAUCGAUAUGAAGUUAUUUGAUUUAGCACUUUUUGACAGAUACGGAUUUUCACAAACCAAUAAGCAAGUAUGGUUACACAAUAUUGAAUUAAUAAAGAGUGAUUUAAAUACAAGUUUCCAUUCAUUCUGGCUUGACCAAGACUCAGUAUCAUAUAAUACUCUCUAUCAAGAUGAAAAUAAUACCAAUAAACUAAUCCCAGAGCAACAAAGAGAAAGAAGAUUAGAUGCAUCACUCUCAAUCCAUCAUCCAAACUUUAAAGCCAAAUUAUUAACCUUUAACUCUGUUGAUUUAAUCGACUAUUUAAACCCACAAGAACGUCUAGUUAAAGAAUUAUCCGAUAAAGGUGCAAUCAUAUUCGAGCAUCCUCAAGCAACCUAUCAGCGUUUCAUCGACACUCAAAUCUUUACUCAAACCAAUGUUGCUGUUACCGAUAAACAAAAGCAAAAGAAUGAUUUAAUGAUCUUUUCAUUAAAUAACAACCUUUUAUCAAUCAUCACUGACUAUAUUCUCAACUAUAGAUCAUCAAAUGCUAAACUCAUUUUAGAUUUAUUUUGGAGUCAUUUUGAAAGAAUUCAAAGUGGUUUCAAUUUAAAUGAAUUAUUUUCUAAAACAAUCUCUAGCAAUACCCAAAAGCAAUUUGAAACUAUUUACGUCAAGGUUGUUGAUAUUGUUCGUAUCUUUAGAACUUUAAUUGAUAGAUACAUCAUCGAACAAAAUAGUAAUAACAACUCUUUAACAAAUAACCACAACGAAGAUUCAAUGGUAAUUGCCAAUAGUACCUCGGCAAAUAUACCUGAAAACUUAAAGAACAAAUUAGAUCAAGCAAUCAAUAUGGCUCUCUUUAUCGAAGUAUUAAAAUGGAGUAUGAAUUUUGGUUUCUUUAGCUCUCAAAAUUUAACCAAUAUGGAGAAAGUAAGAUUAAUUACCGCCCAAAAAAGAAAGGACGUUCGUGAAAAACUAUCAACUGAAUUAAGCGCCACCACAACCAAUGAUAAACUCUUAAUAGAUUUAUUCUACGAAACCAUUAAUAUGGAUCACUCUGUCAAUGUUUAUCCACCACAUUCAACUACAACCUUAAAGAAUUUUAUUGAAAUCUUUUCAAAUGCAAAUCAAUUUAAAAAGAAAAUUGCUCUCUUUUUCUAUUUAUUAAUCGAUCUUGAAAUUGUAUCAAGUGAAGUUAAAAAUAUUCAUUCAUCCGAAACAUUAAAGUCAUUCCUUGGUUCAUUUAAAAUUACAAACAAGUACUAUAGCUUUAUCAUGGGUAUUUGGAAAUUAGAUAACUAUUUAUUAGAACAAAGCAAAAACAACAACAAUAACAGAGAAUUAAUCGAAGAAAUUAAUAGCGCCUUUACACUUUUAAAUUCAUCAAGUAUAACCAAGAAAUUCCUCUAUCCAAUACUUUCAAGAUUUUAUAGCUUUGGAUUUAUGAACUAUGCUCAACUUUUAAUGAAAGGAUGGGGUUUCGAACCAAAGAAUUUCGAUGAAGCAUCUCUUUACAUUAAAAUUCUUUUAGCAAAUCAUGCAAUUUUAGAAGCAAUUCUCUUCCAACGUAGUUUUAGAGCUCGUUUCUCUGAUUUACCAUUAAAAUCCGUCGAAUCAUUAUUAUUUUCAAUCUUUAAUUUAUCUUUAGAUUUAAAGAAAUUGGAUUUAAUAAUUGAUAUGCCUUUAGAUGAAACCGAAGAACAAGUUUUCAUUCAAUAUCUCUUCAUCAAUCAAGCCUCAUCAUUAAUUUCAAUGUUUUAUCUUAAGAGAGGUCGUAUUCCAGAAGCAUGUAAAAUUAAUAGAUAUCAAUCCUCCACUGCAAGAAACAACUCCUUCUUUGAUGGCUAUGACACAAUUAAUCAUCUCAUUUUAAAUUAUGAACAAUCGUUACCAUCAAUUCAAAAACCAUCAAACUUUUACAAUAAUCAACAACAAUCUAAUAAUAACUCUGAUGAUAUUCCAUUACUUCCAAGAUCAGCAACCAUUUCAAAGCAAUCAAUUACUAUUAAUAAAUCGGCAUUAGCACCACCACAAUCAUUCAUUCAAAAGCCAAUUAUUUCAAAUCUACCAACUCCAAAACUUUAUAAUGAAUCAGUUUAUUUCUCAUCAAAUCUCUCAACUGCCCCAGUAUCAAAUUUAGAAGCACUCACAAAGAAAUCUGAAGAUGAUAAGAAGGAAAAGAUGGAAAUCCAACAAAAACUUUUUGAAAUGGAAGAACAAAAGAAAAGAGAGGAAAUUCAAAAGGAAAAAGAAAAAGAAGAUUUAAGAAAACAAAAAGAAGCUGAAGAAAUUAGAAUGUUGCAGGAACUUGAAGAUAGAAAAAGAGCAUUAAUUCAAAAACAACUUGAAUUACAAAAAGAACAACUUGACCAACAAAAAAAACAACAACAACAACAACAAUCACCAUUAUCAUACACUUCCUCACCAUUCUCAUCACCAAGUGGUCUAAAAUCGGCAUUAAAAUCAAUAAGUAGCAGUGGUGGUAGUAGCUCAUCUAAAAAAAAUCAUGUAAGAUUUAAAGAAAGUUUAAAUCAAGAGUAUCCAAUUCCAUCAUUAGACGAUCUCGAAUAUUAUGGUGAUAAUUCAGAUGAAGACUAUGAAGACGAUGAAGAUGAAGACUAUGAUGAAGAGGAUGAGGAUGAAGAAGAAGAAGAAGAAGAAGAACAACAACAACAACAACAAAAUAGAAGAUUUAUGAAUGAUGAGGAUGACGAAGAUGAAGAAUACAACGACGAUGAUGAUAUGAUUAUUCACGAUGAUGAUGCUGAUGAUCAACCUGAUCAAAAUAAACAAUAUUCACAAUUUUUACAACAAAAACAACAGCAACAGGAAGAAGAUCAAGAAGAGGGACAAGAAUUAAGCAAUGAAGAAAUAGAUGAAGAAAUUGUUGAAUAUGAUGAAGAGUAUGACGAAAAUUCUGAUGAUCCAUUUAAAGAUAUUAAGAGACCUGAACAUGGUGGUAAGGAACCACCAAAGUUUGCUCAAUUCUCAAUGUUAUCAAAACCAAAAUCCCAAUAUAAACAAGACGAGGAAGAUGAUGAAGAAGGAGAAGGAGAAGGAGAAAGAGAGGAAGAAGAGGACGAUGAAGGAUUAGAAUACGACGAUGAUGAAGGCUAUGAAGAAAACAAAACAUUUGCACCAGAUUUCUCUGAUGGCUAUGGUACAGAAGAUAAACCAAUGGAAAUUCUCUCAUCAGACGACGAAGAACCCUCUCCACCAUCAAAAAAUAAAAAAGUUGUAGCUCACAGACCACCUGAAAUCGAUCAAGAAGGAGAUGAUGACAAUGAAUAUGAUAACGAUGAUUAUGAUCAAUCCGACGAUAGUGACCAACAAAUCCAACAACCUCAACAAAUUGAUGAAAACGAAUCAGAUGAUGAAAACUUUUCCGAUGAAUCUGGUGGUGAUUCAACUCCAACAAAACCAUCAAACAAAAACAAAUCUUUAGAAUCUUCAAUCGAGUUCGAUCAAGAUGAAGAUUAUAAUUAA